UAGACGGUUUCUCCCUUCUCCAUCCUCCUCUAAACCCUAGAACGCCCGCAGCAGACUCUACGCCGCUCGCUCCGCGUCUUCCAGGUUGGACAAGGUGAUGCAAUCGACUGCCCAUCUGCACCAUUUCGAACGAUCGAGAAUUUGCAUCAACACUAACAUAAGACCACAGCCCAACUCACCCACCCAAACCAUGGCAUCCAAUCUAAGCUUAAAGCUUGUCCUAAACAAGAACACAUGCGAGGUUUUAUUUGGAGAAGCUGGAAAAGAUUUCAUAGAUUUUCUCUUCACCCUCCUAGCAUUGCCAAUGGGGUACGUUUCAAAGGUCCUCACAAAGCAACACAUGGUGGGAUGCACUGGUAAUCUCUACAAUAGCCUUGAAAAUCUCUCCUUUGAUUACAUGCAACUCAACUUUGAUAAAAAUACCCUCCUCAACCCCAAGAUGUCUAUUCCGAUGAGCGGCGUAGCGUCGGGAUCGGACGGUGGAGGAGGUUGCGUUAAGGGUGUAGUGACUUACAUGGUGAUGGAUGAUUUGGUGGUGGCGCCCAUGGCUUCCGUAUCAAGCAUUUCUCUACUAAACAAGUACCAAGUCAGGGACGUGAGUGUACUCAAGGAGAAGGUUGUGGAAGUGGGCAUAGAUGAGGGUUUGGCGCUUUUAAAGGCUUCUUUGGAGUCAAAGACAGUGCUGACUGACGUCUUUGGAGAAAAGUCAGAGAAAGAGCCAGGUUUGACCCCAAUCAAAUCAUCCCCAGUGUCGUCGAAGACAACAUUCGUUGGUGGCUUCCAAGUAAAGUUCGAACCCAUGGUCUAGCUAGAAUUUUGGCUUACCUUUUUAUUCAUGGAAAAACCAUACAGAUGAGUUGUCAGCA